AUGUCAAAGCCUGGUCGAUCAGAAGGCGAGGCUGUAACGGCCAAAGCCGAACAUGUUACGAAAUCAGCUUUGGCUACUGUGGGGAACCAGAUCUUGCCGUUCGUCAUUGGUGGAGGGUCUGGUAUAGUUGCGACGACAUGUCUACAACCUAUUGAUAUGGUCAAAGUGCGACUACAACUUCUUGGCGAAGGUUCAAAGGGAGCCAAAGCUGUAACACCUUUACAAGCAGCACGUAUGGUCGUCGCCGAAGGAGGUUUCGUCGGCCUAUACAACGGCAUUUCCGCUGCUUGGCUUCGACAGGCUACCUAUGCCACCUUGCGCCUCGGAUUCUUCGAUCGAUUCUUGGAAUUUUUCAGGACCCGGGCCCAGAGCCAAGGACGAGAGGUCAACUUCGGCGAACGUGCUGCAGCAUCGUUGGGAGGUGGAGGUCUAGCAGCGGCACUGGCCAAUCCUGCAGAGGUUGGCUUGAUUCGAAUGCAAUCGGACGGGAUGAAGCCUCCAGCAGAAAGAGCGAACUACCGGUCCGUUCUGGACGCCUUGACUAGGAUCGCAAAGAGCGAGGGUAUCUUUGCACUCUGGCAGGGAUCCUACCCAACUGUCAUCCGUGCUAUGGCAACCAACUUCGGUCAGCUUGCGUUCUUCUCAGAAUCCAAGGCUCAGCUGGAGAAACAUACUUCACUCUCCGAUCGGAAUAGGACCUUUGCGGCCUCAGGAAUCGCGGGUUUCUUUGCGGCCUUCUUCAGCCUGCCGUUCGACUUCUUGAAGACAAGGCUGCAACGGGGAGGCGGCGCUUACAAGGGAGUGUUCGACUGUGCCACCAGAGUCGCCAGAGAAGAAGGUUUACUGCGAUUUUACCGUGGCUUUGGAACAUACGUCCUGCGCAUAGCUCCGCACACCAUAAUAACCCUCAUCGUGGCAGACAACUUGAAGGCCGUCUUCAUGCCGUCGUCGGAAUUGUGA